UCUCUACUUUUUUCAUCGAACACAUAUAUUCUCUUUCAAUAGUCGUUGUGUAUAUGGCAAGAAUGUCAACAUCAAGCGAUCCUCUUGUGAUUGGGAGGGUUGUGGGAGAUGUUGUAGAUUAUUUGCCUCCAAGCAAUGUGAAAAUAAGUGUGACUUACAGCUCCAACAAGCAUGUCUAUAAUGGCCAUGAACUCUUUCCUUCUGCAGUUACCACCAAACCUAAGGUCCACGUUCUUGGUGGUGAUUUGCGAUCCUUUUUCACACUGAUUAUGACUGACCCGGAUGUUCCUGGUCCUAGUGAUCCAUACCUCAAAGAACACCUGCACUGGAUAGUGACAGACAUCCCGGGUACUACAAAUUCAACAUUCGGAACCGAGGUGGUGGGAUACGAGAUGCCAAGGCCGAAUAUAGGCAUACACAGGUUCGUGUUUCUGCUUUUCAAGCAAACAAGCAGGCAGACGGAGAUGAGCAUUCCGAUGAUAAGGGACGGUUUCAGCACUCGGAGGUUCGCAGAAGAAAAUGAGCUUGGCUCGCCUGUUGCUGUUCUCUACUUCAAUUGUCAGAGGGAGACUGCUGCAAGGAGGCGUUAACCAAAACUUGCCUCCUCAAUCCAUAUAUUUCUUCUAAUUCUAUGCAUGUGGUCCGAGAAAAUUUUCUGUCAACUAUCGAAAAUUAGCUGUUUUUCUGGUAGUGUGCGGUCUGUGUGUCAACUGUCACCAAGUUAAGUUGAUUUCUUAAAAAUAUUAGAGCUUAAUGUACGUGUUAGGGUAUCUAUCUGUAUUUUAUUACAGCUUCUGCAUGGCUUAUCUAUCCUUUACUAUGUAAUUUCCUUGAGCAGUACUUGUAGUUCACCGAUGUCUGUUCUAAUAUAUAACCUAACCAGUUAUUAUUUGUUUC